AUGGAUUUUGUAAAAGAAUUCUGUGAAAUAUGUUGCAAUGAUCAAAAUAGCUUAGUAGAAAUGAAUUGCAAGCAUAAAAUAUGUUAAGAGUGUUUUAAAAUAGCAGUUUUACCAAAAGAAAUAUGUCCAUAUUGUAAAUAAAUAGUGAAUUAAAUUUAGUUUGAAAAUAAGAUAUAGGAUAUAUCAUAAUUUGAAAAGCUCAUAGAAGAGAAGCAAGAUUUUGUAAUCAAAUAAUUUGAUGUUUUAUUUAGUUUGAGUAAGCUUAUUUUGAAUUAGUGAAUGAUUAGUUUUUUGAUGAAGACAUUAGGAUUUUAAUAAAUAAUCAAAAUAGAGGCAAUUAAUAUAUGAUGCGAAAUAUUCUUUAGACAUAAUUCAACUUAAAAUGGUUUAUUUUUGAUUAAAUAUCAGAAUAGAUAAAGAAUUUAAAAUUUAGAAAUAGUUUAGAAAUGUUUUAAGAAGUAUAUUGAUAAAAUGAUUAUUAGAUUAAUAAUUUGAAUAUUUGCUUGAACUUAAUUUAAUUAAAUAAUUGGGAUUAAGUAUAAUUAAAGGAUUAUAAAGAUAUUUACAAUAGAUAGAAUAUGUAGGAAAAUAAUAAAUUUAUAAUUUAGAAUAAAGUAAGUAAGAAUAAAAAGAGAAAAUAAAAAGAAUGA